UGCGCGGAGUACGAGAUUCAUCGUGUCAACAAAUGUGUGGAUGACACUGACAGAAAAAUGAGCAUUUCUAGUCAGGAAGAUGAAGCGAGCAGUGUCGGUAUUACUGAGCUGUCUAUGCUUUGCUCUCUGUCAAGAUGACGAACCAGAUUAUGACAACAUUCUGUAUGGUGGCAUCUGGCGAUUGCCAUCUCCAAGUCCGACUCUUGGAGAGGAGGAUGUCUCAAAAGCUGUUCAGACAGCCAUAGCAUUUCUGGACCAAAGAAAAACUCAUAACAUAAGGAAAUCUGAUGGAGGUCUACAUCCAUACAGCGUUCGAAACAUUCUCAAAAUGAAACUUGCAUUUACAAGUGACGACCGAGAACCCUACCUUUACAGUGUCAUGUCCCAGGAAGACAAACCAAAGCCAAUGUCGACAUUGCUUGUGUUUGGAACCACAUACAUAUUCCAAAUUACUUGGACGUCCAAAGAUUUUAUUUUCAAACACAAUUUUAUUGUGACAAUGUAUCCUAAAGGGAAUUUUUACAUAUUUGCUCACACAUCCAUGAAUGAGGAGUUUUCUCCUCAUCAGAUGAACAAUCAAACCACAGCAGCACAGGAGGAGUCUAACUCAGCAGUAUGUUCAGUGUUGUUUAGUGAUGGAUCUUCGGAUCCUGCUCUGUUUUCUACAAGAUCCUGCACACUGCGGAGGGCGGACGUUCUGAAGGAUCUACAUUCCUGUGAUAACAGGCUCCAGGGGAGCUUGUAUACAGACAUUGGUGCUCAGACUGUCUCAAAGUCCUGUGUUAAAAGAUCUGAUAUCUAUUUAAAUUUUACAGUAAUGACUUACAAUACAUGGAACUUUAACUCUAGGCCUGAGAAGGGGAGCCAUUAUUAUGUGGACAGGAUCAAAAGGCUUGGACAGGUGAUAAAUGACUACAAGCCAGACAUCAUAGCAUUCCAGGAGGUGAGGUUUGAAUACCAGAAAGGUGGAUCCCUGGGACCAAAUCAAGCUCAACACCUUGCAGACAUGCUUCAGGGGUACCAGUUUGUGUACCAGCCGGCACAGCUCCAGCCAAACAGUGUGAGGGAUGGACGGACAGAAGAGGGUGUGGCUGUCUUCUCGCGCUACCCCAUCAUAUCUCACCACUCACUGCCUCUCUUCAGGAAUCAAAGUAACAGUGCCGACCUUCAUCAGAGAAUGUGUCAGCAUGUCGAGGUUCAACUUCCGAAUCAGAAAACUGGCUGUGCAUCAUGGCUCCAGACUGAGUGCAGGCCAUUGGGUAUCGACUCACCGUUUUUCUUUCACGUUGGAUAUUGAUAGCUAAUAAUGGUCCAAUGUAUAGCAGGGCGUGGAGUCAUCCCAUAACUGACAUCCUUACCUUGUCAGCUUGCUGACAGGGGUAACCUCUUUGGUCAUGUGGACAAGGCGUCCGACUUCGGAUCAGAAAUCUGUGGUUCCAUCCCGGCACUCGAAAAUUUUUAUGGCCGCUACACUGGUGCCCAAUGUGGGGCUGAGCAUGUACAUAUUAAAUUUGAGAAAAAUAAGUCCCAUUGAGUGUUUGAUCGGCAUUCUAGAAAUUGGGGAGUCAAAAUGAAUCAUACAACUCUAUGGAUGACAACUUUUGUUUAUUGCAUAGAGCAACAACAAGGUGUCAUCCAUAAAGUUGUGUGCUUCAUUUUUAAGUCUGUACCCUGCUAUACGGCCCAGCCGUGCCUUCUUUUGACAGGGGAGUAUUAGCAGGCCGUGGACUCAUCACACAGAUGACAUCCU